AUGGCGGCGCCGCCGAGGAGGAAGAGGAGGCAGAGGCCGGGCGGGCUAGGCGUGGCGGGGCCGGAACAUGACACUCAAGAGAAGAUCAACUUUGAGGUCCACAUGCGAGAAGGCAUCUGCAAACUGCUGUCAGUGAGCACGCAGAAGGAGCAGCUCCUGCGCGCGGUGAAGAACCUGAUGGUUUGCAAUGCUCGCAUACGGGCCUACGGGGCAGAGCUGCAGGGCCGAAAGGAGGACCCCAGUCCGGGAAGGACUGAAGACCAGUCUUCAGAAAAUGGGACAAAGGACUGGAUGGCAUGCAGAGCAAAGAUUGCUAUAUCAGAUGUUCGAAUACCAUUAAUGUGGAAACGCUCUGACCACUUCAGCAAAAAAGAAAAAUCACAGCGCUAUGCAGUGUUUUGUUUAUUCAGAAUGGGGGCUGAGGUUUUUGAUACUGAAGUGACUAUUGUGGAUGAAGCAAUAACAGAUAUCUGUUUUGAAAAUGUAACCAUAUUUGAUGAAGCAAGCCCAGAUUUCCAGGUGAAGGUUGAAGUAUAUAGCUGCUGUAUAGAGGAGUCUUUAUAUAUAACAAACACUCCUAAGAAACUGGCAAAGAAACUUCAAAUGUCCCUCAGCAAAGCUACUGGGAAGAAACUCAAAGCUGCACUGGAGGAAGACAUCAUUGAACCCCUUUUGCCUGCUGACCCAGUCAUUCAUGGAGCAAAGUACAGUUUGCUAGCAUCCACCACUUUGGGGCUGGAAAGUGCUGAGAACAAUUUCAGGACCCACAGCCUUACCAUUACAGGAAAUGAGGAAUCCUCUUUUUGGCUACCCCUGUAUGGAAACAUGUGUUGCCGUUUAGUUGUCCAGCCCUCCUGCAUGUCCAAGGAUAUGAUGGCAGGAUUUCUAAAUCACCAGCAAAUGGUAGGAGGUGUAACGAGCUGGAGGAGGCUGUAUUGCAUACUGAGAGGUGGCAAACUCCUUUGUUAUUACUCACCAGAAGAAACUGAGGCUAAAGUGGAGCCAGCACUGACAGUUUCCAUCAACAAGGAAACCAGGAUUCAAGCUGUUGGUAAGGACUCCAAGAGAAGAGCUAACAACUUCUCUGUUAUCAACCCCGUGUCUGGAGAGGGUGUGACGCAGCAUUUUGCUACUGACAGUAGGAAUGAACUUCACAAAUGGAUGGAGGCUUUCUGGCAGCACUUUUAUGAUCUGAGCCAGUGGAAACAUUGUUGUGAGGAACUUAUGAAAAUUGAGAUUAUGUCACCACGGAAACCACCUUUGUUCUUGACAAAGGAAGCGACCUCUGUCUACCAUGAUAUGAGCAUUGAUUCUCCAGUAAAACACGAGGGCUUAGCUGAUAUCAUACAAAGGAAAAUUCAAGAGAGUGAUGGUGAGUUCCUGCCUGGCCAGGAAAAAGAGUCUGCAUCUGCCCUGUGGGCAUCACUCUUUGAUGGAUCUCACGAGAUGACUGUUCAGAAAAACAUGCAUCUGGACCCCAAAAGAUAUACUACAAGUCCUAAUGGCAGCAGAGGAAAGAAAAGAGCUCCAUCUCCACCCUCUGAUAAGUCGCCAUACAGUGCAAAAGCACAGUUGGUUUAGCCAAUAAAACCUGCAGCUACCAGGAAAUGCAGAGCUCAGCUAUACAAUAAAGUCAGUGUCCCUCAAGGAACUGCUGCUCCCUGGCAGUAGAGGAGAAUGUAAUGUUUCACCAUCUUAGCAGAUGCAUUUGAUCAUGAGGAUGUUUUAAUUGCAUGACUCAAAAUAUCAGUAAUCAAAACCCAAAAGUCAUUUGACAGCCUCCUGCUGGGAUAAGGCUUGGAGGACAGCAGAAGACCUGUGGCUUCUCCCAGCCCUUUUUGCCCCAUUCCCUCGUGUUCGCAUUUGUGUAGUCAAGUUGGAAUACUAUCACCUGGCAGGGAAGUCCACUGAGAAACACAUCUCCCAGGAGGAAUGGCUUAAACAAUACAGUGUAGCACAGGGAGGAUGUUGGUAGCACUUGCUGAACUAUGCAUGGGAUUAGAGACUUUUCUGUGGAAUGUGUUGGGCCUGCUCUGAAAACUGUACCUGUUUGUUCUCUGCUGGGAUGAAUUAAUGCUGCUUAAAACCGGAAUUAAGUGAUUGGAUGCAGUCUUGAAGUGGGGCAGAGACAGGAGUCAGCCUGAACUUUUCUCAUAAGAAGUUCAACUUGAAAGUAAUUGCUAGUUCAAACUUGAAUAUAAAUUUCACAGAACAUGAACUUCUGAAAUAUUGACUGAACAAAGACUUAAUUUAUUAACUUUUUGUAUUUACCUAAUGCCUUCAACUGUUUACUUGGUCUUGGAAUGGUAGAUGGUACCUUCUGUGGUUUUAAAGGUAUUACCUUCAAAUGCUUACAUUUUUACUAGGAUUGUGAUUUUUAUUUUCCCAUGGUAAUAAUACUAAUAGUUAUUUUAUGGCAGCUUGUAUGUAUUUGGAAAUACUGCCAUAGUAUUCAGUGGAUUUUUAAUUAAUGCAAACUGCCAUAAUAGGAAAAUGGAAAUUUGAGCACUGAUGUGUUGAGAAAUUUUAGAACAGAA